ACGCGGUGUCAGAAAGGCGUUAAAUGUUACCAAAAUACAAACUACCGUCUUGACAAAAUGACCCGUUUGGACUGCGGGCUUCACGCUUUUGGACAAAGAGGCUCCCCCAUUCACCUCUUCAUCGCACUUCUGACGGCCCUGGAAAUCUGCAACACAUUGGAAUUACCACAUGAAGAAGAGAGAUUGCAGCAGGAUCUGCCGCAGUAUGAAGUGGUUCACCCCACUCGAGUGGAUGCCAGAGGUCACUUCCUGUCCAACUUCCUGUCUCACCAUGCUAGCCGUGUACAGCGCCGGGAUGCCUCAGAGGGACCAGCAGGCGUAGAUCAAGUCUUCUACCAGUUGUGGCACGGAGGCCACAGGUUGUACUUUAACCUCACACUCAACCCACACCUGCUGGCCCCGGGCUUCCUGACCGAAAGGAGGUACGGUGGCCUGGAGGGGGCCAAGAUUCAUCCUCCUGGAUCCUCCCAGUGCCAUUUCUUAGGUGACGUGUGGGAUGAGGCUGUUGGUAAAGGAAGCGCUGCCAUAAGUACCUGUGAUGGACUGACAGGAUUGUUCAGGUUGUCUGAUGAAGAGUUUUUUAUUCAGCCUCUGGAGAAGUCGAGCGAUGACACGUCAGCAACUCAGGCCCAUGCCGUCUACAAACGCCAUGCGACCCCCCCCUCCUGGAGUCCAGUGGUACAGCCCAUCUCAGGGAAACAAGCUCUCAACGGUACCUGUGGAAUCAAAGCAUCACAGCAGAGUUUUGAAGACUUUGAAAGGCAGCGGGAGCAGUGGGAGCUCCGCCAGCAGAGGAGGAGGAGAAUUCAUCCGCGCUCAGUCAGCAAACAGAAGUGGGUGGAGACGCUGGUGGUGGCCGACCUUAAAAUGGUGGAGCAUCAUGGGAGCAAAGCUGUGGAAAGCUAUGUCCUGGCUGUCAUGAACAUUGUGGCGGGUCUGUUCAGAGAUCCCAGUAUUGGAAACGCAAUCAACAUUGUGGUGGUUCGACUCAUAUUACUGGAGCAGGAUGAGGAUGACUUAAAGAUUACACACCAUGCUGACAACAGCUUGAACAGCUUCUGUAAGUGGCAGAAGAAACUAAACAUGAAAGGAGAGGAACACCCGCUCCACCACGAUGUAGCAGUUCUGCUAACAAGGAAGGACAUCUGUGCGUCCAUCAACAUGCCCUGUGAGACGCUGGGCCUGUCCCAUGUGGCGGGGAUGUGUCAGUCGCAUCGCAGCUGCAGCAUCAGCGAGGACACCGGCCUCCCUCUGGCCUUCACCGUCGCUCAUGAGCUGGGACACAACUUUGGGAUUCAGCAUGAUGGCAACGGUAAUGACUGUGAACCCAUUGGGAAACGACCUUUCGUCAUGUCUCCACAGCUCCUGUACGGCACCUCCAUGCCCAGGUGGUCCCGCUGCAGCCGCCAGUAUAUCACCCGCUUCCUAGAUCGUGGCUGGAGCUGGUGCCUUGAUGAUGCCCCGGUGAAGGAACAGCUGUCUCUGAACUCGGUGCUUCCCGGGGUCCUGUACAGCGCGGCCCAUCAGUGCCGGCUGCAGUAUGGAUCUGGAUCCCUGCUCUGUGAUGACAUGGACAAUGUAUGCAGCACUCUGUGGUGCACUGUGGGAACCACGUGCCACUCGAAGCUAGACGGGGCUGUGGAUGGGACCAGUUGUGGCGUGGACAAGUGGUGUUUCAGUGGAGAGUGUGUGACAGUUGGACAUGAGCCGGAGAGUGUUAGCGGUGGCUGGGCCUCGUGGAGCGAGUGGUCGGGCUGUUCGAGGACGUGUGGGGCUGGGGUCCAGAGCGCCCAGAGAGACUGUGAUAACCCCAUUCCUAAGUAUAGAGGGAACUAUUGUCUGGGAGAGAGGCGGAGGUUCAAGAUCUGCAGCCCCACACCGUGUCCUCAUGACCUGCCCACCUUCAGAGACCUCCAGUGCAGUCACUACAACACAUUGCCAUACAAGGGCAAGUUCUACAAGUGGGAAGCAGUCAUCAACAGAGCCAGCCCUUGUGAGCUGCACUGCCAUCCACUGAAAGAGCACUUUUCUGACAAGAUGCAGGACGCCGUCGCUGAUGGGACUCCGUGCUACCAAGGAAACAAAAGCAGAGAUGUGUGCGUCAAUGGCAUCUGUAAGAAUUUAGGCUGUGACUAUGUGAUUGACUCCAGAGCUGUAGAGGAUCGCUGCGGGGUGUGUCAUGGCAACGGCUCCACCUGUGCCACUGUGAAGAGAACAUUUGAAGAAACAGAAGGGCUCGGCUAUGUAGACAUUGGACUGAUCCCAGAGGGAGCUUGGGAUAUCCGUAUUGAGGAGAUGGCUGAAGCUGGGAACUUCUUGGCACUACGAAGCGACUCCCCCAACAAGUAUUUUCUGAAUGGCGGCUGGACGAUCCAGUGGAAUGGAGAGUACAAGGCAGCCGGGACGGUUUUCACCUACGAGAGGACGGGACAACUGGAGAACCUGACGUCCCCCGGGCCCACCAUGGAACCACUGUGGAUUCAGCUUCUCUUUCAGGAGACGAACCCUGGGGUGCGGUACGAGUACACAAUCAGUCGCAAUAUAUCUGAGGACAACAACAUCCCUGCAUCAGUUUUCUACUGGAAAUAUGGGUCAUGGACUGAAUGCAGUGUUACCUGUGGAGCAGGUGUCCAGAGGCUGAUCGUUCACUGUGUGGAAAAGACAACCGGGAUAGUGGAGGAGCAUUUCUGUGACCCUUUAACACGGCCUGACAAUAACCAAACCAGCUGCAACAAGGAUCCGUGUCCAGCCAUAUGGUGGGUCGGUGAGUGGCAGAAAUGUUCAGCCAGCUGUGGGAGCUCUGGCCUAAGUAAAAGGACGGUGCUCUGCGUUCAGGCAGUAAGUGCUGAGGAGCAGAAAGCACUUCAGCCCAGUGAAUGUGAACGCACACCCACACCGGAGUCACUCUCCUCCUGCAACACACACAUCCCCUGCCCUGCAGACUGGGCCUCCAGCAGCUGGACGAAGUGUUCGCUGACCUGUGGAAGUGGAGUACGCCGUCGUAAUGUAACCUGCUCUAGAAACACCGGCAUUGACUGUGACCCUCAGAAGAAGCCCCUCGCUGUCACUUCCUGCUACAUCCAGGACUGUGCACCGGUGGUGGAUAACUUUGGAGGGGUCGACUUGUCUGGAAGUGGCUGGUCGAGCAAAGAAGUGCUUAAUGAAAUUAACUCUAUUCCUGAAGUCAAACCUCCCCCCAAACACAGCACCACCAGAGCCCAGCCAAGAAGUAACAGCAAUAAUCUUAACAACAUUGUUGAAGGAGACUUCCACUACCACAAUAACAUUGAAAAUAUUAAUCAUUCUCCAGAAAACACUGUUCAAGUGGACGAUUUUUACUAUGACUACAAUUUUAUCAACUUCCAUGAAGACUUAUCGGAUGACUUAGAGGAUGAUGUAAAAGAUUCAGGGGACAGAGUUGGUCCUCCACAGGGGGCCAAGCCAACCAGCAGCAUAAAAGAAAACACUUACAUUGAAACUACAAAAGCUCCUUCAGCCAUUUCUACAAUCUCAAAGGCCACUGCCAACACUUUGAGAACUGAAGAGCCACAGAAUAUAAAUCAGGACGAAACGAAGGUCAACGGAAAUUCAUCAACAAAGGAGUCGGUGCAAACAAAUUCUGAACAUUUGCACGACUUCCUAUCCGAGGAUUACCUUCUGCCUGUAUCUACCACUCGCUCGCCGCCAUUGUCUACAACCGAGCAUUCAAAAACACUUAAAGAGACACAUGAUGAGGAUGUGAGGUGGCCUGAAAAAAUAAGCUCAAUUCCUGAUCUGGUUUUCACUACCGAGGAGCCCACACAGGAUGCCAAGUGGGAGCAAUAUGUGGAGGAGUCGGAAAAAAACUAUGACAUUUUCAAUGAGGAGGAAAAUCAAACUCAGGAUGUCACAGUGACUGCAAAGUAUGCUGACCACGCUCUCGGCCAUAAAACCACUAUCAAGACUGAUUUGAAAACAGUGGGGGCUCAGGGGACGGAGGAAGAUGAAGAAUAUAAUUACAGCUACAAGGACAAACGUACGCUAAGUCCAUAUAUCAAUGCAGGAGAGGAAGAUGUAGACAGUCCAGAUUUUUCAGUCUCUCCUACACCAGUGCAUCUGGACGAAAGUGCUUCAGAAAUACCUCAAACAACCAGCCAAACAUUAAUAUUGCAAACUGCCUUCACAUUGGAGGAUUUGGACUUGGAUCAGACUUAUUUGAAUACGUUGUAUGCCACUAGUGAGGGUAAUUUAUGGGAGUCACACCUUGACCUCAGUACAACCUCACUUCCUGCCUCGGAGACAUCCACUCCUCUUCCCAUUCCCUUUCUGCAAACCUCAGGUAACAGAGAGGCCUCUGAUGACUACACGUCGUUAACUGCAACAGAAAUUGUAUCUCCUACAAACCUGGAGGGAGCCACUCCGCCUUCUCCAGAUGAUUUCUUGCCAGCUACAGUUAAACAAAUACAGACAAAGCCCGCCUUCACAGAAAGAACUGGAGCAGAUUCCACAUCCCGAACUCCUACGUUUGAUUCAGCUGAUUUUGAUUACAACGAUAUAAUCGUCCCCCCGAUGAUUGGGAGCAGCAGUGACACUGAUCAGGACUCUUCAUACCAGCUGACAACAGCCACAGAAACCCCUCCUCAACAUAACACAAUGCCAGUGCAGCACAUGGAAACACCUACACCUGCUGUGCCCAUUUUGCCAAACCAUCCACCUAUUCUGUGGCCGCUUCCAGAGCCAUCAUCUGCGCCAACUUCAGCCUCCACACAAGUGACAACUGCUGCCUACUGGGUCACCGGCAACUGGAGUGCUUGCUCCACCAGCUGUGGUCUGGGGGCCAUCUGGAGGACUUUGGCCUGCAGCACUGGCUCCAACUCAGGCUGCAAUCCCGCCAAGAGGCCAGCGCCAGCCCAGAGGUGCUACCUGCGCCCCUGCUCCACAUGGAAAUUAGAAGAAUGGAGUGAGUGUUCCAAGAAUUGUAAAGGAGGCAUUAAAUCACGAGAGGUCCAGUGUUUUGACCUGCGGGAUCAAAGACCUCUCCGACCUUUCCACUGCCGGGCCAUGUCCUCCAGGCCACAAACUCAAACGACCUGUAACCCUCAGCCGUGUCUCGACUGGUACACCUCGUCCUGGGGCCAGUGUUCUGAGGUGUGUGGCGGAGGUGAGCAGCAGCGUAUGGUCACCUGUCCAGAAGAGGAUCAAUGUGAUGUGGCCCUCCAGCCCAGCAACAUCCAAUCAUGUAGCAGCCAGCCAUGUGCUCAGUGGCUUACUGGAUCAUGGGGACAGUGUUCGGCUUCUUGCGGUGGCGGAGUGCAGCGUCGACUCAUCAAAUGUGUGAACACAAAGGCAGAGACGGACGAAGAAGUGGAUCAAGCCCAAUGUGAUCCUGAGCUGUGCCCGGAGAGCAUCCAGAAGUGUAACCUACAGGAGUGUGAGAGCGCCCCCUCUGGAGCAGUUUGCCUUCGUGAUCGGCUAACGUUUCGUUUCUGUCAGACGCUCCGCUGGCUCGGACGAUGCCACCUGCCCAACGUACGAGUGAAGUGCUGCAAAUCCUGCAGCCAGCGCUCCCGCUCCAGCAGCACGUCUUCCGCUAAAGCCGCAAUAAAGUAACCACUCAACAACUGGAACACUGAGGAAAUACAAAUCAUCACAGCUCUUUCUGUAUAUAUAUCUUUUCUAAUUAGAGUAGUUAUGAAUUAGUUCAACAACUCUGCAUGUUUGUGCUGGUGCUAUAAUUAUAUAGGGCUCAAAUGAUUUGGAGAAAUAAGAAAGCAUAGCCUCAUCCCCAGCAAAACAAUGAGAAUGUAGAUAUUUGUUUGCACUUUUUAUACUAUACAGUUUGACAAGAAUGACAUUUCAUGAAUUAAGACUUAGUAACAGAUGUAGUGUGGGCUCUUUUAUCAAUGUAGCCAGCUUAAAAAAAUCAUUAUUACACAUGCAGAUAAACUACUCAUUAACCUUUAUGGUUGGUACAAUGCUUUCAUUUAUUGACAGCAGCAGAAAAUUGACAGAUUAAAACAUACUGGUAUACAAUUUGCUGUGUGGUUUUUCCUUUAACGGGCCAAAGAAAACCAGGUGCUUCAUAAAUGCUUCAUGUAGCAUUCAUACAUAAUUGACUGUUGGCGAAGCCCGCUCCCCCUACUGUAAGUUACUGUUCUAACAGCUUUGCAAUGUCAGUGGUCCACCAUUUAAAUAAUUUGUUUACAAUGGGUCCCUGUUUUCAGACAUAAAUGACAGAUGUUGCACCUUUUAUCUGUAGCUAGCUUACUAAGCUAACUUAGCUUUAAAAGCUGAUAUCUCAGGCUGACUUUUUUGUGUUUCAAUCUCACAUGUUUUGAACCAUGGACUCAGUAAAGGAUCAUUUAAAUACACACUUGAUGGCUACCUAGAGCCUUCAAGUACCAGGUAAACGUUAUGCAUCCAAAAAACAACAUUGUUCUUGUGGCCUACUGCAGUGUAGACCUAGGGCGCCCCAUUAUGUAAAGGUACUGUAUGAUAAGAAAAAGCAUUAAUACCUUUUUUCUUCUUACAUUUUAAAUGUUUAGCUUGCAUAACUUGUUUUCCUAAUUCUUACAAAAAAAAACGAAUUUCUCUUUUCACUGGCUUGUCUGAACCGGGUUUGAGUUCAUGUGCAGCCAGAGCUCCGGUCAAGCACUUAUUGAUUUGGUGAAGGACUAUAUUAUAUACAUAUGUUGCUUCUGUUUAUUCAGUAAACUGAAAAGAAGAGCUUUGUCCAUCCCUAUUGACAGACCUGCAGUGUAGUUACGGUUGCUAAGCUAUGACUGGACAAUCAUUUCUUCUGGAGAAGGCUUUAGGAAAUGGUGGACUUUUUAAUGUCGUCAGCAAAAUACAGUCAACAGUAAAAAGCCUUUAAAGGUUGUAGCAUCAAUUACCACAUAUUUAAUGUCACACUUUUGCUUCACAUUAUUGUUCAUUCUUUUAAGUUACAAAGUAAAAUGUAAAUGGGAGAGGGAAGCUUCAGGAAAUACUUGGUGCUAGAGGCCACAUAGGCUCAAAAAACGUUCGGGCAGGUAUUGGCAGGCCCAGUGCCUCAUCUACUUGAAUAUUGGAUAAUUGAAUGGUAAUGUUUUAUAAAACCACAAGAUUAAAAUAUUCCGCAAGUUUAGCAUUUUAGAAAUGAGUUAAAAUCGAGGGAAUAAUAGUGUCCGAAUGGGUUUAGUAUGGUGAACAAGGGAUUAAGCUUUAUAUAUAAUAUUUGAUACUUUUGCAACUGUGGUUUUUAGUUUAAAUGUCGUACUGUACUUACACAAUUGUUGUUGGCAUUGACAUAUACAAUAUAUAGGCUGUAAUUCAGAGUCUUUCCAGAAGGAAUUGAAAAGCAGCUCAAACAUAACAACGCAGUUCAGCUAAAGCAUCCGCUAUGGCGUCAUCUCCUCCUGUGUUGAUUCAUGCUGUUAAAUGUCUAAAUGACAUAUCUGUGGAAAAGCUGUUUGUUGUAUAGAACAACAAAUCAAUUCUUUAAGAGGAAAAAGAGGGGGGGGGAAUCAGUAUAGUGUUUUUUUGUUUAAAUAAAGCAGGUGGGAAUAAGGUGGCUAUAGUCCAUACCAUGAAUAGAGCUGUUGACACCGGACGCAGCGUUAUAGUAGAAACAUUUCUUCUCUGGAAGAAUGUACAGGCCAUUUGUUCAAAACCUUUUUGUUCCCUAACGUACAAUAAUAAUAAUAAUAAUAAUAAUAGCUUGCAUUUAUAUAGCGCCUUUCAACG